UAGUUCAUAAAUUUAUUUUAUUUAUGAAUAUACACAAAUCAAUGCUGGGGACUGCAAGUUUUGUUACUAUACGAGUGAACUAGCGUUUUGUAAUGUGAAAGAUGGUGUUUAUAUCAUAAAUUUCAAGAUGAAAUCAAAGAUUUAUGUUUAUUAUCAAUAACGUGUAAAAUGAAUGCGAAAAAUAUUUGUAUCGAAUGUAAUGUACAAAAUUUUCUCUCAGAAGGAACGACAACGGAAUAGUAUAUAACCUUAGUACAUCAGUUUCAAAAGAUCUACUCUUACCGGUCAAAUGUUUACUCCUCUCGUUAUCAUUAAUCGUACACUAACAACCGCUGCAAGAUGCAAACGGCGGGUUGUAGUGACAGGAAUAGGAAUAGUGUGUCCUCUUGGAAUCGGUGUACAAAAUGCCUGGCAAGCUCUCAUUAACUCCAAGUCGGGUAUUACGAAAUUAAGUGAACCCGAAUAUGACAAGUUACCUUGUAAAGUCGGUGCAUUAAUACCCAAAGGAACUGAACCCAAUCAGUUAAACAUCGAUUCUUACUUUUCAAAAAGUGAAUUACGCACAAUGUGUCCUGCUACUGCAUACGCAUUAAUUGCUACAGAGGAGGCAUUAAAUGAUGCUAACUGGAAACCAAAUGAUGAAACAGAUAAACAAGAUACAGGAGUAGCAGUAGGAAUUGGAAUGAUAGAUUUGGUAGAUGUGUGUACAACAUAUGAAGCUUUAAAAAAGGGAUACAAUAAAGUCAGUCCAUAUUUUGUGCCAAGGAUAUUACCAAACAUGGCUGCAGGGCAAAUUAGUAUUAAGUAUGGUUUCCGUGGACCAAAUCAUUCUGUAUCAACAGCAUGUGCAACUGGUGCACAUGCAAUUGGUGAUGCAUUUCGUUUUAUUCGUGGUGGAGAAACUAGUGUAAUGGUAUGUGGUGGAGCAGAAGCAUGCAUUAGCCCUCUUGCUAUAGCUGCUUUCUGUAGACUACGAGCAUUAAGUACUAGUAAAAAUGAUUUUCCAUAUGAAGCAUCAAGGCCAUUUGACAAGGACAGGGAUGGAUUUGUGAUGGGAGAAGGUGCUGCUAUAUUAGUUUUGGAAGAACUAAAUCAUGCACUUGAAAGAAAGGCUAAGAUUUAUGCAGAAGUAUUGGGGUAUGGUUUAUCGGGUGAUGCUGCACACUUAACUGCACCUAGUGAAGAUGGUACUGGUGCUAUAUUAGCUAUGGACAGAGCUGUAAAAGAUGCUGGCAUAGAAACUGUAGAUAUUACGUUCGUCAAUGCACAUGCAACUUCUACUCCUUUGGGUGAUGCAAUUGAAUUAAAAGCUAUAGAGUCAUUUCUAGGACAACAUAGUAAAAAUGUUACUGUGUCUAGUACAAAAGGUGCUCAUGGCCACUUGCUAGGAGCUGCAGGAAAUUUAGAAGCUAUUUUUACUAUUCUAGCAAUAAAAGAAGGCAUAAUCCCACCAACACUAAAUUUGCAUAAUUUAGAUAUGGAAACAAAUUUAAACUUUGUCCCUAAUGUAAAAAAAUGCUGGAACUCAACUUCAAAACGGGUAGCUUUAAAAAAUGCUUUUGGGUUUGGAGGAACUAAUGCGUGCUUAUGUUUUGCACAGUACAACAAAUAAGCACAUAACCAUAAAGGUAUCAUAAUUUCAUAAAUCAUAAUAACACACGACGCAACAAAAGCUAGUCAUUCCUGAAUGUACAUUAAUUAAUACAUACACUGUGUCUGCAAGAAACAUAUGCAUAAUUUUACUUCUUUAUAUUGAAAUGAAAUAUAAUUAUAUUAAACCACAUUUAAGAUUUAAGCUGUAAUAUAGUGGCUUAAAUAUUUUUUUAAUACUUUUAUGUAACAUAUGACACAAAACUCAUGUAAUAUAUUA